AUGGCAUUAGAACUUGUUGGUGGUGCUCUUCUUUCUGCUUUCCUUCAGGUUGCUUUUGACAAGCUAUCUUCUCCUCAAGUUCUUGACUUCUUUCGUGGAAGAAAGCUUGAUCACAAGCUGCUGAGCAGGUUGGAAACCAAGCUGCACUCCAUUUAUUCUCUGGCUGAUGAUGCAGAACGAAAGCAAUUCACGGAUCCACAUGUCAGAAACUGGUUGUUGAAUGUCAAAGAUGUUGUGCUUGAUGCAGAGGAUCUCUUGGAUGAAAUACAAGACAAAGUCUCUAAAAGCCAAGUGGAAGCUGAAUCUGAAUCUCAGACCCUUACAGGCUGUACUUGCAAGGUACCAAAUUUCUUCAAAUCUUCUUCUCUAAGUUCCUUUAACAAGGAAAUUAAGUCUAGGAUGGAGCAAGUCCUUGAUAGCCUAGAAUUUCUCUCAAACCAAAAGGGUGAUCUAGGUUUAAAAGCAGCUAGUGGUCUUGGAUCUGGGUUUAGUAAUGAACUGCCACGUAAAUCACAAACAACAUCUUUGGUGGUUGGAAGUGAUAUUUAUGGCAGAGAUGAUGACAAAGAAAAGAUCUUCCAUUGGCUGACAUCUGAUAGAGAGAAUCCUAUGCAGCCAUCAUCAAUACUUUCUAUUGUGGGCAUGGGCGGGCUGGGUAAGACCACUCUUGCCCAACACGUAUUCAAUGACCCAAGGAUGGAGGAGGCUAAAUUUGAUGUCAAAGCUUGGAUUUGUGUAUCAGAUGAAUUUGAUGUUUUCAGGGUAUCAAAAGCAAUUCUUGAGGCUGUUACUGGAUCAACUGACGAUAGUAGAGAUCUAGAGAUGGUUCACAGAAGAUUGAAAGAAAAAUUGAUGGAGAAGAAAUUUCUCCUUGUUUUGGAUGACGUUUGGAACGAAUAUCAAUUUAAAUGGGAAGAUGUGCAGAAGCCCCUUGUUUUCGGAGCCCAAGGGAGUAAGGUUCUUGUGACUACACGUAGUAAAACAGUUGCUUAUACCAUGCGGUCAGAAGAAUAUCCCCUAGAGCAAUUACAGGAAGAUGAUUGCUGGAAGUUAUUUGCUAAACAUGCUCAACCAAAUCCAGAGUGCAAGGAAAUUGGCAUGAAGAUGGUUAAAAAAUGUAAAGGAUUACCUCUUGCCUUGAAAACAAUGGGAAGUCUAUUAUACAACAAAUCAUCUGUUUCAGAAUGGGAAACUGUGUUCCAAAGUGAAAUAUGGGAACUUUCGGAAGAUAUUAUCCCUGCUUUAGCAUUGAGUUAUAUCCACCUUCCUUCGCAUCUCAAGGCAUGCUUUGCUUACUGUGCGCUAUUCCCCAAGGAUUAUGAGUUUUACAAGGAGAGUUUGAUUCAGCUGUGGAUGACUGAAAAUUUCCCACAAUUUCGUCAACAUAGUCAGAGUCCUGAAGAAGCUUGCCAACAAUACUUUAAUGAUUUACUAUCAAGGUCCUUCUUUCAACAAGCAGGUGAAAACGAAGAAGUAUUUGUCAUGCAUGACCUUCUAAAUGAUUUGGCAAAAUAUGUUGGUGGCGACAUAUACUUCAGGUGGGAAGUUGAUCAUGCAAAAGAGAUACAAAAAAUAACUCGUCAUUUGUCACUUGAACUAAUUACUUACAACCAAAAAUUUGAUGGGUUUGGAACUUUAUGUGAUACAAAAAGGUUACGUACAUUUGUGCCAAAAACUAGGAGCGAGAAGUAUAUAUACCAUAGCUGGCAUUGCAAUAUGUCGAUACAUGAAUUGUUCUCCAAGUUUAAGUUGCUACGUAUCUUAUCUUUGUCUCGUUGUUCUGAGCUUAAAGAGGUACCUGACUCUGUUGGCAAUCUUGAGCAUCUCCGUUCGUUUGAUCUCUCUUAUACUGCCAUUAAAAAACUAACUGAAAAGAUAUGUUCACUGUCCCACUUGCAAACACUGAAGUUGAGUCAUUGUAAUCAUUUGGAGGAGUUGCCCUCAAAUUUGCAUUUACUCACCAAUUUGUGUCGUCUUGAAUUUAUACAGACUAAAGUGAGGAAGGUGCCAGAACAUUUGGGAAAACUGAAGAAUCUUAAAGUAAUGAUGAGUUCCUUUAAGGUUGGCCGUAGCAGGGCGUUGGGUAUUCAACAACUAGGAGCGCUCAACCUUCAUGGAUGUCUAUCAAUAGGAGACCUUCAGAAUAUUGAGAAUUCCUUGGAUGCAUCAGAAGCAGAUUUGAAGAAUAAAACACACCUUGUGGAGCUACUGUUGCAAUGGGAUUGGUCGUGGAAUAGGAACCCUAUUGAUUCAACAAAAGAAGGAGAAAUAAUUGAGAAACUGAAACCUUCCAAACAAUUAAGGAAGUUGUCAAUCAUAAACUACUGUGGCAAACAAUUUCCAAAUUGGUUAGUCGAUAAUUCAUUAUUGAAUAUGGUGUUUUUAGUGUUGGAGAGAUGUGAAUCUUGCCAACUUUUGCCUCCCCUUGGACUUUUGCCAUUUCUCAAGGACGUGAAGAUAAAUUAUCUUGAUGGGAUAGUGAGUAUUGAUGCAGAUUUCUAUGGGAACAACUCUUGUUCAUUUAAAUCCCUUGAAACAUUGGAGUUCACCUCUAUGAAAGAAUGGGAAAAAUGGGAAUGCAAAGAUGUGAUAGGUGCUUUUCCACAUCUUCAACGUCUUUCUAUAAAGAAUUGUCCCAAGCUGAAAGGGCACCUGCCGAAGCAACUUGUUCCUUUGAUAAAAUUAGAAAUUUAUAACUGUCAACAACUUGAGGCAUCCGCUCCUAGGGCUUCACAAUUAAAUCUAGAAGACUGUGGAAUAGUACAAUUUGACUGGGCUACUUUGAAAACCCUCAGCAUCGGUGGACAUAACAUGGAAGCAUGGUUGGUGGAAAUGCUUGGACAAAUUGUCUCUGAUACUUCUCUUGAACACUUGCUUAUUUAUUCAACCAGUGAUGAUGACUUUGUCUCUCUAAGGGCCUUUCUUCUAGAUCUCUUUCCAAAACUCAAGACGCUUUCUCUCAGCGGAUUUCGUAAUCUACAGCUGAUUUCACAGGGUCACACCCAUAAUCAGCUCCAGUAUCUGAGUAUCAGGAAGUGCCCUGAAUUUGAAUCACUGCCUGGAAACAUGCAUAUGCUGCUUCCAUCUCUGAAGAAGCUAUGCAUAGAAGAUUGUCCACGACUUGAGUCGUUCCCUGAGGGAGGCUGGCCAUCAAAUCUAAAAGAGAUGGAACUCGAGAAUUGCUCCAGACUUGUUGAAUCACUGAAAGGAGCUUUGAGAGAUGAUCCUUCUCUAGAAACCUUGUGGAUUGGAGAAGUGGAUGCAGAAUGUUUUCCUGAGGAGGGUUUGCUGCCACUCUCUCUUACUUCUCUAUAUAUAACUCAUAGUCCAAAUCUAAAAAAACUGGACUACAAUGGUCUCUGUCAACUCUCAUCUCUCAAGAAAUUGCUCCUUAAAGACUGCGUCCACCUCCAUCAAUUACCAGAGGAGGGUCUGCCCACAUCCAUUUCAGAUCUUGCAAUUAUUGGCCAGAGUCAGUUACUGACACAGCGUUGCCAGAGAUCAGGAGGCAAAGAUUGGCCAAAGAUUGCUCACAUUCAAUCAUUUUAUAUUGAUACAGAUUUUGCGUGGGAUUUUCCGAUGGGGUUAAGUUGGGAGAAGGAAAUGUUCAAAUAUGGACCUAUGAAUCAAAUAUGUAAAAGAAUAUAA